CAUACCACUCGACUAGCACCAACAUAACAAUAAAAUCCACUCACUCUUACAAGCCAAGCCAGGAAUGAAAGCACAAAGCUUACUCACAAAAAUCUGCUACACGAGCGUGGAAAUUAUAUACAUCUUCUUACGUAACGGGACGAGACGUCACCUUGGUUGGAUAAAUAAAUCUCAUCGGGAUGAAAUAAAAAUGGACAGUUUAAAAUUUUUGGAAACUUAAAUAAGUGAGAUGAGUUUUUAAAAUUUAAAUAUCUGUAAAAAAAAUUGUGAAUUGAUACGUUAACUGUGAACAAGUUGGUGUCAAUCAAAUUGUGACAAAAAAGUGGAUAAUUAUAGUGUAGAAAAUAGAAAUGGACAAAUAAUGGUGGUACGAAAUAUGUAUUGACCAGAAAUUUUGAAACUUUGAAGUUCCGUGAUUACAUAAAAAUUUGGAAAAAUAAAAAAACAAGUUUCAUGGAAGAUACUGCAAAAUCGAGAGAAAGAUCGUGAAAAACUGGUGGGGAAAGUCCAGCGAAGAAAGUAGUAUUUUUUAGGGGGUGAAAGAUCACCAAAAAUCUGGCCAGAAAAUGAAGGAGAAGAGCAAAACUGCAGCGCGAAGUCGGCGAGAGAAGGAAAACGCAGAAUUUCUCGAACUCGCGAGACUCCUCCCACUUCCCGGCGCGAUUACAAGUCAGCUCGAUAAGGCGUCCGUCAUCCGACUCACGACGUCGUAUUUAAGGAUGAGACACGUCUUUCCGGACGGACUUGGUGACGCCUGGGGAGCUCUGCCACCGCCGAGAGAAAGCACAAUUCGGGAACUUGGAUCUCAUCUUUUGCAGGUGAAAUGCCCACCCUUCCCUAUUUUGAAAACGUUGGACGGAUUCAUAUUCGUGGUGGCACCGGAUGGGAAAAUUAUGUACAUUUCAGAAACUGCUUCGGUUCAUCUUGGACUAUCUCAGGUGGAGCUAACAGGGAAUAGUAUUUAUGAGUAUAUUCAUCCCAUGGACCAUGACGAGAUGACCCGCAUUCUCACCCUCCUUCAACCACUCCCUUCUAUCAUGCAUGAAAUUGAAAUCGAGAGAGCAUUUUUCCUCAGGAUGAAAUGUGUCCUCGCUAAAAGAAAUGCUGGCUUAACUACGGCUGGAUAUAAGGUCAUCCACUGCAGCGGCUACCUGAAACUGAAGCCCGUCGUGACCGGUGGGGACGGCGGUGGUGGGGACGGGAUUGGUAUUCAAAAUUUGGGUCUCGUCGCUGUCGGCCAUUCUUUGCCACCCUCGGCCGUAACGGAGAUAAAAAUGCACUCCAACAUGUUCAUGUUCCGAGCCUCGUCUGAUCUCAAGCUCAUCUUUUUGGAUUCCAGGGUCGCCGCUUUGACAGGGUACGAACCACAAGAUUUAAUCGAGAGAACGCUAUAUCACUACAUUCAUGGGAACGAUGCCCCUGCCAUGGCGUAUGCACAUUGCGAAUUGCUUGCAAAAGGCCAAGUGACCACGCGGUAUUAUCGUUUCUUAACUAAAAACGGAGGAUGGGUGUGGAUGCAAUCGUACGCCACGAUUGUGCACAACUCGCGGAGUUCGAGACCACAUUGCGUCGUUAGUGUGAAUUAUGUCUUGAGUGCUUGCGAAGCUCCCGAUCUGGUGCUUUCCGUGGAACAACUUACCCUCGGUCAACCCCAUCAGUGCCGCAGUGAUGAAACAUUACCCCCUCAACAACAACAACAGCAGCAACAACCCCCACUUACAACGACACCCACCUUGCUCACUUCCGGUCCUGGUGGCGGCAUCACUUCCGGUGGUGGAGGAAAGAUUAAACGAAGAACGAAAGCGAAAGCCGCCUCGUCGAUCGUGGCGCCAUACUCCGUCCCUGAAUCGCUUUCUCCCAAGGAGGAAUUUCACUCCGGAAAUAAUUCCCCUGGGGGAUACGACGGAGGGUAUUCGACGACAAUCCCACCCCCAGCGUACCCCACGCCGCCGGGGUAUUUGGACCAGUCGGCAGAGUUGUACUAUUCUCACGGCCACAGCCAAGGACCGAAUUAUCAUUAUGCGAUAAGCGAUUAUAAUAAUGAUCCCACAGCGGGGCGUGCUUAUAAUCCGGCGUCGGAUUAUCCCCCAGAUCCUGUCACACCCACGCCGACAGACUAUAACAAUGGGGUGGAUAAUAAUGCGAAUAAUAACAAUAAUAAUAACAAUCAUACCACGUGUAGCAGUCCGGAUCCUUCUUUUUACUAUUUUCGUGGUGGUGGUGGAAAUUCAGGGUAUUUGAACAAUCAUGGUCAUCAUCAUCAUCAAGGACCUCCCAUAUUGGAGCAGCAGCAUAACCACUCCCACAAUUUUCAAGGCCAAAAUCAUCACCCCCACGCCAACUUUCACUUUAACCACCAACCUCACCACACCCAAGGUGGCGUCCUCGAGUAUGGAAGUCAUCAUCCACACCCGCAUCACCAAUCCUCCGUAAUUUUUGAAAAUGGUCACGGUCCACCCGAUCGUCUCCUCAGUCUGAGUCACUUAUCCGACAAUACGAACGACUCCUCCGGAUCGAGCAACAAUUCAAUGUGUGGCGACGGUGGGGUUGUUAUUGGGACUACGACGACCACGACGACGACCAUAUUGGGACCCACUCCCCUCACCCACCCCGACACUUAUCCAGGAUACACCUCCGUCAUAGUUGACCCCCACGGAAGCGUUAAUCGUUUAACAGAGUACGACUAUGUCAACUGCAGUUGAUUAAGGAAGGAGUUUAAAUGAUAAGAUAUGAUGAUAAGUAAAUAAAUAUGCAUGCAUAAGUGAUAAUAAAUAUUUCCCCCCGGUGAAUUUAUUAAUUAUUGAGUUUAUAACAAUUAUACAAAUUAAUUGUUGUUGAACAUUGUUAAUAGAUGAAUUUGUUCCUAGAAAAUCUCACUGUUGUUUGUUAAGUUUUGUUAUUCAUACAUAGAUAGUUCUUCUCUCUACCCACCGAUAAGAUAAUCCAUGGAUAAGUCAAGUUUGUCAUUGCAUGCGUGUGCAAAUAUUUUUGUAAAAUGUAAAUCAUCUCAUCGUGUACAGUAGAUGUGUGUAGAUGAAGAAAGAGCUAGUGACGCUUUAAGUGUACGCUUAUCUACAGGUAACUACACUUUACUGCAAGAAAAACUUGUGUCUAGUUACACCCUCAAUAUUUUUAAGUGUUAUUCUCAUGUAAUAAAACGACAAUUAAUUAAACUAAAUAAAUUGAAUGGACUAAAAUUAAAA